UAAAAAUAAUCUGAAAGGAGAUAAUAUUUAAAAUUAAGAAAGUGAUUUAAGUAUCGAACUUGGUGACAUAAAAAAUAAUACUUUCUUUAUUCAUCCACACAAGUGAACAUCUUCAAUUGUAUUGAAAAUGUGUGACGUAGAUGUAAUGUUUAAUAAAUGUGAAUAAUUUUAUUUAAACAAGCGUUGUGAUUCACAUUAAAUCAGACUUUUCAAUAGAUACUACAAAUUUAGUUAAAAGAAGAAAAUCAGAUAAAAUCUAAUAUGGCAACAGAGGCGCAAAGAUUAAUAUCAAUAUCUCUAGCAAAGAUUGCAACUUCAAGAUGCGUGAGAGGUGGCAUUUCGUUGCACAAGAAUCUUUUAGUAGCAACUGUUUUGCAAAAAGCCCGUUAUAUUUUCAUGGAAGAAGCUUUUCACAUGGUACACGGUCACUAUAUAAAUCAAACAAAUAGUAAACUCAUACAAGGAUUACGUCAUGAGAAACACAAAGAGCGUAAUGUACGUCAAUACGAAAGUGUCGAUGAAAGGAAUGAGUCAAUAUCAUUUAAUGACUCAGAGCUCGAUCUUUUUUCAAAUAAUAUUGAUUCCGUUGAAAACUUAAAUUUCCCAAAUCACUCAAAUUGUAAUGCCACUGAAAAUAUGGAAGAUCUCAGUUGUGAUACAAAUAAUGAAGAGAGCCAUUCUUUUAAUUCACAAGAUUCCCAAGCAAAAUCAUCACUAGAAAAAAUUCAACUAGAUGUUAAAUCUAAAAUUUGCAAUCGAAAACGUCGAAAUGCUGAUUUUGAAAUAAACAAAGACUCAUCACUACUUCCGCCUAAACUAAAGCAAAUUAAAAUAGGCAGUAAUAAAACAAUGUCAAAUUUAAAUGAAAAUGAAGAAUUUAAAACAUCAAUAAAAAAAACAAAAAAUUAUGAUUAUAAUUUAAAGAAUAUUACAAACAGUUCAACUAUCAAUAGUGAAAAUUCAACAAAUAAAAGAGCAUCGUUAGAUUUUUUAUCCAAUGAUUUAAGCUCAACUAAUAAUAAUCAUUCACGAAAUAAAUUUUUGAACGUCAUGAUGACACCGUUAGAUAUGAGCUAUUCCACAUCUACAAAUAAAUCGAAUCUUCCAAUCUCACCAAUAUCAUCAUCAAUUGAUCGUAUUACUUCACUUGUAUCUAUUUUUAAUUUUGGAAACCUUCAACGAUCCGUCUCAGCGCCAGAUUUAUGUUCAUCAUCACAUCAUUGUCCUGUUGAUUGUUGCAGUUUACAACAACGUCAAAUUGCUAUGUCCGUUUAGUUCUACAUUCUUCUCUCAGACUAGAAACAUUGUUAUUUUACUUUAUUAUUCAAUCAACAACUAUUAGAAAAUUAGAAUUACCAGUAUUUUUUUUACCAGCAACACACU